GCGGUGCCUGCAGCUGGGAAUCGAGAUGCGAGGGCCACGCCUGGCACAAGCCUAGCCGGACUGGGCUGCCCCCGCCGUGCCCACCCGCCUGUCCGGGAUGCGCCGCUGAGGCCCAGUAUGGCCGGCCCGAACCCCACCUUCCCUCUGCACCGGCUCGUCUGGGCGAAUCGGCACCGCGAACUGGAGGCCGCACUGCAUAGCCACCAGCACGACAUUGAACAGGAGGACCCCCGAGGGAGGACACCCUUGGAGCUGGCUGUGUCCCUGGGGAACCUAGAGUCUGUGAGAGUCCUCCUUCGACAUAAUGCCAAUGUGGGCAAAGAGAGCCGCCAGGGCUGGGCAGUCCUGCAGGAGGCCGUCAGCACUGGAGAUCCUGAAAUGGUGCAGCUGGUACUCCAGUAUCGGGACUUCCAGAGAGCCACACAGAGGUUGGCUGGCAUUCCAGAAUUGCUCAACAAACUCCGCCAGGCUCCUGACUUCUAUGUGGAGAUGAAGUGGGAGUUUACCAGCUGGGUGCCCCUCGUGUCCAAGAUGUGCCCAAGUGAUGUGUACCGUGUGUGGAAGCGGGGUGAGAGCCUGCGGGUAGACACCAGUCUGCUAGGCUUUGAGCACAUGACCUGGCAGCGUGGCCAAAGGAGCUUCAUCUUCAAGGGCCAAGAGGCGGGAGCCCUGGUGAUGGAAGUGGACCAUGACAGGCAGGUGGUGCACACGGAGACACUAGAGCCAGCUCUGCAUGAGCCGGAAGCACUGCUGGCCGCCAUGCGGCCCAGCGAGGAGCACGUGGCCAGUCGCCUCACCUCUCCUAUCGUCUCCACCCACCUGGACACUCGCAACGUAGCCUUUGAAAGGAACAAGUGUGGUAUCUUGGGAUGGCGGUCUGAGAAGAUGGAGACUGUUAGCGGCUACGAAGCCAAGGUGUACAGUGCCACCAAUGUGGAGCUGGUGACGCGUACACGCACGGAGCACCUCUCUGACCAGGACAAAUCCAGGAGCAAAGGGGGGAAGUCUCCGUUCCAGUCCUUCCUGGGGAUGGCCCAGCAACACUCCUCCCACAGCGGGGCUCCUGUGCUGCAAGCAGCCAGCCCCACCAACCCCACAGCCAUUUCCCCUGAGGAGUACUUUGACCCCAGCUUCAGCCUGGAGUCAAGAAACAUCGGCCGUCCCAUUGAGAUGUCCAGCAAGGUCCAGAGGUUCAAGGCAACACUGUGGCUGAGUGAAGAGCAUCCACUCUCCCUGGGUGACCAAGUGACACCCAUCAUUGACUUGAUGGCCAUCAGCAAUGCUCACUUUGCCAAGCUGCGUGACUUCAUCACCCUGCGCCUCCCACCUGGCUUUCCCGUCAAGAUUGAGAUCCCCCUCUUCCAUGUGCUUAACGCCCGCAUCACCUUCAGCAACCUGUGUGGCUGUGAUGAGCCCUUGAGCUCAGUGUGGGUUCCAGCCCCCAGCUCUGCUGAUGCUGUAUCAGGGAGCCCUUUCCCAUGCGAGGUGGACCCCACCGUGUUUGAGGUACCUGAGGGGUACAGCGUGCUGGGUGCUGAGCACAGUGAGCCUCUUCGUGAUGAGGAUGAUGACCUACUGCAGUUUGCCAUCCAGCAGAGCCUGCUUGAGGCGGGCACAGAGGCAGAGCAGGUGACUGUCUGGGAAGCCUUGACUAGUACGCGGCCUGGCAUUCACCCUCCUCCCCAAGCCACAGUAUAUGAAGAGCAGCUUCAGCUGGAGCGGGCUCUCCAGGAAAACCUGCAGCUGUCUACAGAGUCACGGGGCUCAGGAACCCCUCAGAGGACAUCCCCACCCCCUGCUCCUCCAAGCUUUGCGGAGCAGCUUCGCUUGGCCCUGGAGUUGUCAUCCAGGGAGCAGGAGGAGCGCGAGCGGAGGGGUCAGAAGGAAGAAGAGGACCUCCAGCGGAUUCUGCGCCUGUCGCUCACCGAGCACUGAGCCCUUGGGCUCAGUGGGCUUCCAGGAUCAUUCCCUCUGCCCACUUUUGUAAUUUAUUUAUUUAUAAACUAUUGGCUGCUGAGCUUAAAGCCUGGAGCUCUGGGAUGGCCUCGCAGUGGGGUUGUGGCAGAAAUAAAGAGACCAUCAGCAGCAUACUUGCUGUCAGAAUGCUAGGUGGGAGGUGCUGAGGGGAGGGUAAUGACAUCGGCCUAUCUUCCAUUUCUUCAACUGUAUAAAGAGAAAACCACUCCCUUCCGGAGCAAGUACUCCAUAAACAAUUCCCCGGAGCCCUACCUACUGGAGUUACAGGUUCCUUCUGCAACCCCGGUGAUGGCCUUCCUGGAACUUGGCCCAAACUACUGGGGAGAAGGGAAUGCUGGGCCUUUAUAGCCUACCCACAGCUCACAGGGCGAAGCGUGCAACCCCAUCCGUGCAGCCCAAGCGCAGGAACCUACCCUGACUCAAGUAUGUUCUACCAGUGACUUUGAGCCUGUCUUGUCCCUCUACAACGGCUGGAAAUGGGGCUCCUUUGUGGAUUCUGGGGUUAUUUCUAAGCCCUGAUUCCUUCUCCCCAGAAACUCCCAGGACUCGGCGGCGGUCAGGCGAAGAGGUCGGCUUCAGCGCAGGCAGAGCUUUGCAGUGCUCCGUGGAGCUGUCCUGGGACUGCAGGAUGGAGGGGACAGUGGUGAUGCAGCUGACGCUGACUCUGAGCCAGAGGAAG